AUGCACUUGUAUUUGACAGAAAGUCCGCGGACGCUGUACCUGGUCACCAGUUCGCAAGAGGAACGACAUGGACGUCCGCAUAGAGUACUCGUCUUUCGUGCCGCUGAGAACAGUCCGUCGCAAGCCGUUGUCGAGUUUCUGCCCAAGGAUCAGGUUGAUCUCCUUAAUGCCGUGCGUUUGACUACGAGAGUGGUGAAGGGGUGUUUGGGGUUGAUCUCUGUCUCGAAUGAUAUCUUCCUUGCGGUUGUAACUGCUGCUACCGAGCUCGGCAACGCACGCCCAUCUGCUUCGAGCGCGGAAACUGUCGUGCGAAUAAACGAGGUCGCGUUCUUCAGCUUGACCUCCUGCACAUGGGACGACUUGUCCUGGACGACCGAUUCCGUCUCUAACACUGCCUUGCUGGAGCAAACUGACAGUAUUUUACGCGACCAGUACUCUGCGAGUGGGAGCGCCACCCCCGUCUUCGAGCACCCGUGCGCGCCGCUCACCAAGAUUAUUUCCUCUGGGACGUUUUACUAUGCCCUCGAGCCACAGUGGGACUUGUCAUCACGCCUAUCAUCGCGGCUUGGGCGUUCAGACGGUAAUGACGGCAGACGGGACCUAGGAACAUACGAUGAAAGAUUUGUCUGGAAUGAAUACGUCGUGCGCAGUCUUCUUGAUUUCCGAGAGCGAUUGGAUCCGCAUGAGAGAGAGGAGCUGGAUCGAUGUCAGUUCAUUGUUCUGGCAAUACAAGGAUACGUAGGCCUCUUCAGGUUGCCUUUACCCGCUCCCCCGACGAAUGGAUCUCCUACUCUUGCGACGCUCUCCCUCAUUUCCCGCCUAGGGUGGAAACGCUCCGGUACUCGUUUUAACACCCGCGGUGUCGACGACGACGGGAAUUGUGCCAACUUCGUUGAGACUGAGACAAUGUUCAGCACCGACCAGCACUGCUUUAGUUACGUACAAGUUCGUGGCAGCGUACCAUUAUUCUGGGAACAACAGGGUUUGCAGACGUUCGGCCAGCGCAUUCAGAUAACCCGUCCGCAGGCAUCCCAACCUGCUUUUGACCGCCAUUUUGCGCAGCUCACCGAAGAGUACGGCAAUGUGCACGCGAUCAACCUUCUUGGAAACAAGGAGAAUGAAGCGACGCUGACUGCCGCGUAUGCGCGACAUCUCCAGCUCGCGCAGGGUGUCUUGGGCGACACCAUCGGUAUCACCCACUUCGACUUCCACAGUGCUGUGAAGAUUGGUGGACAUGAGAGUGUCUUCAGAGAAAUUAGGCGCCUAGAUUUGUUGAGAGAGAACAUGGAUAAAUUCGGAUUUACAAUGGUUGAUUCGUCCUCUGACGAGAUUAUUACGGACCAAAAGGGCAUAUUCAGAGCCAACUGUCUUGACUGCUUGGACCGCACCAAUUUCGUGCAGGAUAUUUUAUCUCGUACAACAUUAGAGCAAUAUCUGAUGCUCAGUCGCAUAGAGUGGCUCAAGUCUGGCACCCUCUGGUCUUACCAUCGCGAGCUGUGGGCAGAAAAUGGCGAUGCGCUGUCUAGAAUAUACGCUGGUACUGGAGCCCUCAACACCAGUUUUACCCGCAGUGGGAAACGCACUUUAGCAGGUGUCCUUUCCGAUGCCACAAAGAGCGUAUCGAGGGCAUAUAUUAACAACUUCCAGGACAAGGGAAAGCAAAUAGCCAUUGAUAUAUUUGUGGGGAAUAUGAGCAACCAAAUGCAGGUCACAAUAUUCGACCCAAUCCACGAUUCCGUCCGUGCGGCGCUAGCACAUCGGAUCUCGGAGUAUUCCACUACUAAGCAGUGUAAUAUUUUUGUCGGUACUUGGAAUUUAAAUGGAAGAUCGCCGUCGUCUGAAUCUCUUCUCCCGUGGCUGUUUCCCAGACCAAGUAACCCCGAUCCAGAUAUGUUGGUUUUGGGUUUCCAGGAGAUCGUGCCUCUUACUGCUCAACAAAUUGUGCAAGCCGAUCCUGAGAAGAGACGAAUAUGGGAGGCAAAAAUCACGGACACUCUCGAUAAACGUCCGGACAAAAAGACCGAUUAUGUGCUCCUCCGGAGUCAUCAGUUAGUGGGAACGGCUCUGCUGGUACUAGUCAAGUCAGAACUGGCCGCAGUGAUACGCAACGUCGAGGCAGCAACCCACAAGACAGGUCUCCGGGGCAUGUCUGGCAAUAAGGGGGCCGUUGGCAUACGGCUCGACUACCACGACACCAGCUUUUGCUUCAUUACUGCCCAUCUUGCUGCGGGCCAUGCCAAUGUCGACGAACGUAAUGCCGACUAUCGGACCAUUGCCAGAGGUCUGCACUUCUUGAAGGGAAAGACCAUUGACAGUCACGACAACGUCAUCUGGCUUGCAGACACAAAUUAUCGAAUUGACCUCGAGAACGAACGUGUGCGACAUCUCGCGCUGUCUGAUGACUUCGAUGCCCUGCUUGCGGCUGAUCAGCUCAAGCAAUCGAUGGACGAUCGCACCGUAUUCGUGGGCUAUCAGGAGGGACCCAUACUUUUCCGUCCUACAUACAAGUACGACUUUGGAACCGAUAACUAUGAUACCGGAGAAAAGAUGCGAAUUCCAGCAUGGACAGAUCGUAUCCUAUUCAAAGGCAAUCAGCUGGAUCUUUCAGUUUACUCCAGAGCUGAACUGAAAGGGUCCGACCAUCGACCUGUAUUUGCUCUCUUCCAUGCGGAUGUUCGUAUCAUCGACCACGUCAAACGAGCGGCACUAUCUCGUCUACUCUUCGAGAGCGUCACAUCAACCGCGCCUGGGGAGAAGCUGGAUGAGAAACUGGCUAAAAUGACCCUCCCAAGUGACGCAUCGCGGCUCCCGCCUCCGAGCUCAGACGACGCAGUGUGGUGGAACGACCCGGAGCACCCUGACGGGAUUUUCGUUCCGUCUGGCCCGCGUGAAGCAUCGCGGAAAUGCCUCGCGAAUCCGUUCGACUCUCCGAGCAAUUCUCCGCUAUCGUCUUCUCCAUCGUCGUCGGAAGAGGAGAUAUAUCAUACCUUAGCACUGCAAGCUCCCAUGGCGCCCGUGCAGGCAGCACGUAGACCACCUCCGCCGCCGCCGCCACGCAGUCAUAAACCAGCACACAAUAAUAGUACUUAA